AAUGCAGCCAGAGGGUGGAACUUAAAAUUUCAUAAUCAUUGCCAAUGAACAAAAGGACCCUUUAAAUUCAUUUUUGAGGGACAGAAAGGGAGCAGUUUUUUAAAUAGAGACUGCGGGAAGGAACAUUCACUGAUAACUGAAGUCAUGGAUCCGGACAAGAUGUCCAGCAAAUUGUUACUAGAAGUUUGGGAAAAGAAUAAAACCACUUCUGUCUGGAAAUGGAAACAAUUACGAUUCCCUCGCAGGCUCCUCCCUUUGCUGAGAGAGCUGCAAGAGGAACUGCCCGCGGUGCAGAAUGCGAAGAUGGCGAACCUGCUCCCUCCGACAGGCCCCGAAGUCUUCCGUCGCUUCACGCCGGAGUCUCUGGCGGAGAUCGAGAGGCGCGUCGAGCAGGAGGCGGCUGAGAAGCAGAAGAAGCAGCACGUAGAGGUGGCCGAGGAAGACCUCCCCAAGCCUGCCAGUGACCUGGAGGCUGGCAAACCCCUGCCCUUCAUAUACGGUGACCCACCUCCGGAGAUUCUCAACGACCCUAUAGAGGACCUGGACCCCUACUACAGAGCAAAGAAAACAUUUAUAGUCAUUAGCAGAGGGAAAACAAUCUACAGGUUUAAUGCAGAGCCUGCCUGCUACAUUCUGAGCCCAUUUAGUCUUAUUAGGAGAGGAGCGAUUAAAAUUCUAAUACAUUCAUUAUUUAGCAUGUUCAUCAUGAUAACCAUUCUAGCAAAUUGUGUGUUCAUGACAAUGAACAACCCUCCAUCCUGGAGUAAAAACGUAGAAUAUGCUUUUACAGGUAUUUAUACCUUUGAAGCGCUGGUCAAGGUUUUAGCAAGAGGCUUCUGCAUUGGAGAUUUUACAUUCCUUCGAGAUCCCUGGAACUGGCUGGACUUCAGUGUUAUUACCAUGGCGUACGCCACUGAAUUUAUCGAUUUGGGCAACGUCUCUGCUCUCAGGACCUUCCGUGUACUCCGAGCUCUUAAAACAAUCACUGUAAUUCCUGGUUUGAAAACCAUUGUUGGAGCUCUGAUUCAGUCAGUGAAGAAGCUGUCAGACGUGAUGAUUCUGACAGUGUUCUGUCUAAGCGUAUUUGCACUCAUCGGGCUCCAGCUGUUCAUGGGUAAUCUCAGGCAGAAGUGUGUCAGAUGGCCCCCACUCAUGAAUGACACAUGGAUUGUUGACGACAACCAUCGGAACUCCACUUCUGAUUACAUGAAUGAUACCUCUGUGUUUGACUGGAAUGAAUAUGUGAACAAUAACGACAAUUUCUACUUCCUGGAAGGCAGCUUGGAUGCCCUCCUUUGUGGGAACAGCUCGGAUGCUGGGAGGUGCCCAGAAGGAUACACCUGCAUGAAGGCUGGAAACAACCCGAAUUAUGGCUACACCAGCUACGACACCUUUGGCUGGGCUUUCCUGGCUCUGUUUCGCCUGAUGACGCAGGACUUCUGGGAGAAUCUCUUCCAGCUGACGCUCCGAGCAGCUGGCAAGACCUACAUGAUCUUCUUCGUGGUGAUCAUCUUCCUGGGCUCCUUCUACCUCAUCAACCUCAUCCUGGCUGUGGUGGCCAUGGCGUACGCAGAGCAGAACGAAGCCACCAUGGCUGAGGCCAAAGAGAAGGAGGAGGAGUUCCAGCGGAUCCUGGAACAGCUGAAGAAACAGGAGGCGGGGUUGCACGGGUCGGCAGGAGCCCACGCCAGCCACUCCUCGCUGGGCAGUCACAAGGGGAGGAAGAAGGACAGCGUGUCCGAGCAGGAGUUCGCCGACGACGAGCACAGUCUGGGGGAGGACGGGGGGGCCCUCAGGGACUGUAAUGGCAGGAUCGUGCCGAGAGUCAUCAUCGACCGGGUCUCCAGUGAUGAAGAGUCUGUCGCUGAAGAGGAGAAAAAAGAGAAGGAGAAUCUGAAAUCCAGGCCCAGUAUUGGCCACCUGGAAGACCCGGGACUGCAGAAGAGGAGAGCCAGCGCCGUCAGUGUCCUCACGAAUGCUAUGGAAGAACUUGAAGAGGCACAGCAAAAAUGUCCUCCUUGGUGGUACAAAUUUGCCAAUAAGGUCCUGAAAUGGGACUGUUGCCCUUUGUGGAUUAAAUUUAAGCAUGCCGUCCACUUUGUGGUGAUGGACCCCUUUGUUGACCUUGGCAUCACAAUCUGCAUUGUGCUGAACACCCUCUUCAUGGCCAUGGAACACUACCCCAUGAGCCAGGAUUUUGAGCAUAUACUCUCUGUGGGGAACUUGGUUUUCACAGGAAUCUUCACGGCUGAGAUGGUGUUCAAGAUUAUCGCCCUGGACCCAUAUUACUAUUUCCAGACUGGCUGGAAUAUCUUUGACAGCAUCAUUGUCACUCUGAGCCUGGUGGAGCUGGGGCUUGCAAACGUCCAGGGUUUGUCUGUCCUGAGGUCAUUUCGUCUGCUCCGUGUGUUCAAGCUGGCCAAAUCAUGGCCGACCCUCAACAUGCUGAUCAAGAUCAUCGGGAACUCGGUAGGGGCCCUGGGGAACCUCACCCUGGUGCUGGCCAUCAUCGUCUUCAUCUUCGCCGUGGUGGGGAUGCAGCUCUUCGGCAAGAGCUACAAGGACUGCGUGUGCAAGAUCGCCUCGGACUGCGAGCUGCCUCGCUGGCACAUGAACGACUUCUUCCACUCCUUCCUCAUCGUCUUCCGGAUCCUGUGCGGCGAGUGGAUCGAGACCAUGUGGGACUGCAUGGAGGUGGCCGGGCAGGCCAUGUGCCUCAUCGUCUUCAUGAUGGUCAUGGUCAUCGGCAACCUGGUGGUGCUGAAUCUCUUCUUGGCCUUGCUGUUGAGCUCCUUCAGUGCAGACAACUUGUCGGGUGGCGACGAGGAUGGGGAGAUGAACAACCUUCAGAUCGCCAUCGGCAGGAUCACGAGGGGAAUCGACUUUAUGAAAAAGUCAGUCCUGAACCUGGUUUUCCGGCUGCUGGGCAGGAAGCCAAAAGAAGAAGACAAUGACCCAAAGAAGGAGAACUUUGUCCUAAACCACAUGGAGACGGGAGAAGAGACCAAAACUGACUUGAAGAUGUUAGAUGGGGUGUCGGCCAGCGAGGCCAACACAGCAGACGAAGUCGACCGCAGUGCGUUUGUCACAAACCCGCAAGUGACGGUCAGUGUGCCAAUUGCAAAGGGAGAGUCGGAUUUUGAAAACCCAGAUGAGGAAGACUUCAGCUCUGAAUGCGAACCCGACGACACUAAAAAAAAGAAGCUCGGUGAUGAAGGCUCUUGCAGCACUGUUGACUUCAAGCCUCCGGAGCCAGAGGUGGAGGAGAAACUGGAGGAGACGCCUGAAUCUGAUGACCCAGAGGCCUGUUUCACAGAAGGCUGUGUGAGACGCUUCCCCUGCCUCACGGUGGACAUCACACAAGGCAGAGGAAAAUCCUGGUGGAACCUGAGGAAGACCUGCUUCACCAUAGUGGAGCACAACUGGUUUGAGACCUUUAUCAUCUUCAUGAUCCUGCUGAGCAGCGGAGCGCUGGCUUUUGAAGACAUAUACAUUGAACAGCGUAGAGCCAUAAAAAUCAUCCUGGAAUAUGCGGACAAAGUGUUCACCUUUGUGUUUGUCAUUGAAAUGCUGUUGAAGUGGGUCGCCUAUGGUUUCAAAACCUACUUCACUAAUGCUUGGUGCUGGCUCGAUUUCCUCAUUGUGGAUGUCUCACUGAUUAGUCUGACAGCAAACUUACUGGGCUACUCGGAACUAGGACCCAUUAAAUCACUGAGGACUCUAAGGGCGCUGAGGCCUUUGAGAGCUUUGUCUCGAUUUGAGGGGAUGAGGGUGGUGGUGAACGCCCUGGUCGGUGCCAUUCCAUCCAUCAUGAACGUCUUGCUGGUGUGUCUCAUUUUCUGGCUUAUCUUCAGCAUCAUGGGGGUCAACCUGUUCGCCGGGAAGUACUACAGGUGCAUCAAUACCACCACAGAGGAGGUAAUCGAUAUGUCUGUGGUCAACAACAAGAGUGACUGCCUGGCGCUGAUGUGGACCAAUGAGGUCCGCUGGGUGAACAUGAAGGUUAACUUUGACAACGUUGGCCUGGGAUACCUCUCCUUGCUGCAAGUGGCUACAUUCAAGGGAUGGAUGGAUAUCAUGUAUGCUGCUGUUGAUUCACGUGAAAUUGAAGACCAGCCUUCCUACGAAAUUAACAUAUACAUGUACUUAUACUUUGUCAUCUUCAUCAUUUUUGGGGCCUUUUUCACUCUCAACCUCUUCAUUGGUGUCAUCAUAGACAACUUCAACCAGCAGAAGAAAAAGUUUGGAGGGAAAGACAUCUUCAUGACUGAGGAGCAGAAGAAGUACUACAAUGCCAUGAAGAAGCUGGGCUCCAAAAAGCCACAGAAACCCAUUCCAAGGCCCCAGAACAAAAUCCAAGGGGCCGUCUUCGACUUUGUCUCCAGGCAAUUCUUUGACAUCUUCAUCAUGGUCCUGAUCUGUCUGAACAUGGUGACGAUGAUGGUGGAGACGGAUGAUCAGAGCCCGGCGAAGGAAGAAAUCCUCAACUGGAUUAACCUGGUGUUCAUUGUGAUCUUCACUGGCGAGUGCAUCCUCAAAAUGUUCGCGCUACGAUACUACUUCUUCACCAUUGGAUGGAACAUUUUUGAUUUUGUUGUUGUCAUCCUCUCCAUAGUGGGUAUCAUGUUGGCCGACAUUAUAGAGAAAUACUUCGUCUCCCCCACUCUGUUUCGAGUCAUCCGGCUGGCCAGGAUCGGACGUGUUCUCCGCCUCAUCCGAGGGGCGAAGGGCAUCCGGACAUUGCUGUUUGCCUUGAUGAUGUCACUUCCAGCUCUGUUCAACAUAGGGCUGCUCCUCUUCCUGGUGAUGUUCAUUUACUCUAUCUUCGGGAUGGCGAACUUCGCAUACGUCAAGAAGCAGGCUGGCAUCGAUGACAUCUUCAACUUCGAGACGUUUGGGAACAGCAUUAUUUGCUUGUUCCAGAUCACCACCUCGGCUGGCUGGGAUGGCCUUCUCCUUCCGAUCUUAAACAGCGGGCCACCCGACUGUGAUCCUGAUAUCGAGCACCCGGGCUCUGAUUUCAAGGGGAACUGUGGCAACCCAGCAAUGGGCAUCAUGUUUUUCUGCAGCUACAUCAUUAUAUCCUUCCUGAUCGUGGUCAACAUGUACAUCGCCAUUAUCCUGGAGAACUUCAACGUGGCCACAGAGGAAAGUAGCGAACCCCUGUGUGAAGACGACUUUGAAAUGUUCUACGAGACCUGGGAGAAGUUCGAUCCAGACGCUACCCAGUUCAUCGAAUACUGCAGGCUCUCGGACUUCUGUGACACUUUGCAAGAACCUCUGAAAAUUGCCAAACCCAACAAAAUCAAACUGAUCUCCUUGGACCUUCCCAUGGUGCCUGGAGACAAAAUCCACUGCCUCGAUAUCCUGUUUGCCUUAACCAAAGAGGUCCUGGGAGAUUCGGGAGAAAUGGACGCACUGAAGGAGAGCAUGGAGGAGAAAUUCAUGGCAGCCAACCCUUCCAAGGUGUCCUACGAGCCCAUUACCACCACCUUGAAACGCAAACAGGAGGAGGUGGCAGCAAGCAUCAUCCAGAGAGCUUACCGGAGACACCUGCUGAAGCGUUCGGUCAAGCAUGCUUCUUACAUGUUCCGACACCAUGACUCUGAGCAGGAGCGGGGAGAGGAGGCUCCGGAAAAGGAAGGGAUGAUCGCUGAAAAGAUGAAUGAAAACUAUGGCGGGAAGCCGGCAGUGGAGGUCACCAGUGACGUUGUCCUGCGGUCAGCCCCACGCACAGCAGCAGGUCCCUCUGCAUCUGGGGGAAACAUCAGAGAGUCUAUCGUAUAACAGACAGCAUGUACCAAAAAAGCCCACCCUUUGUCUUCCUCUAGUAUUAAAGUAGAAAGUCAUCCUGCUACAUACUACUGCCUGCUGGAUCCUCACAAAAGUGGACUUUGUGUGCCUACGUGGGUAGCGAAAUCGUGGCUCUGGUCAUAACGAAUAUGACACUAAUUUGAGAGGUUUGCACAUAGCCGAUUUAAAUUAGCCAGGGGUAUUCAAAGACUGAAGUAGGAUUGCUGGAAAAUACUGUAAUGUCUUUCUGGUGAAUAGUUUUAUGACAUUAACUGAAGGACUAUGACAUUCACAUUGAAAACCAUCUCCUUUUCCCAAUACUGUGAAACAGGAGUUUGGGAGGGAAGUUUUGCUCACGAUAAUAAUUUGAUUUUAUAGUCAAUCGUUUCAAAGUCAAAGUGCCUCACCAUUCAUAAGCGCGAUGUGAUGUUCAUGAUGGCACAUCAUGUCUUGCUUUAUCCCAAACUCAAAUUGUCCCAAUACAAUCAGUCACAGAUGUGGUGAGUGGUUCCUGAAUUCUGGUUCUUACCUGACGACGGUCUGAGACCAUGUAACUUUGAAUAAUGCAAACAAAUUUUUCACCACCCCAAGAGUUAUAAAUCUUGUAGAAUUCCUGUCUUCCUGUGUCAAUGCAAAACCAAUCAAGUGGGUUGGUGUAUUGUAGGGGAAUAUGUGGCAAGAGAUGACAGUUUGAAUAAAAAACAAACUUAAGAUUAAAUGGAUUCUAUAAAAGUGUCCAACAAGGUUAUCCAAUUAUUAAACAGAAAAACUUUAUUUGAAAGUGUUUUAACAGAUUCAAAUUCAAACGCCAGUGUACUCAAUUUCAUUUCUAGGGUGAACAGUUCAGUCAGCUAUACUAAUGAUUCAUGAAUACAAAAUGACUGUAAACAGCGCGACAUUCACACACAGAGAGUAAGAAAAUAUCUGUAUUUUUAAAAUGUCCAGUACAGUGUAUGACAGAUGUAAAUAAGGCAGUUGUCUUUUUAGAACAGUAUUGCCUGUUUAAAGAUAUCUGUAGCACAGAUUAUUUAAUAUAAGGUAAAACUAAGACAUGCUGUAAAAUCCAGAAAAGUUCAGGGUUCAUGACUGAAAAAGGGAAACACUAUUAAUUGCAGCUUUUUUCAUUGUUGGCUUUGCUAUCAGUAGAACCCACAGCUAGAAAUAAACUUUUUUGUUACCAUUCUUCACCAUUACAGAUAGUGAGAAAGAAGGACUCUGCUCAGUCUUGAAACUCAAAGGCUUCAUUCUCCUUUUCCCCAUCAAACGCAGUAUUGUGUAGUGAACAUUGUCCUAAUUGAAAAAUGGACUAUAAAUCAGAACUGGUAGUGUGCUACAGCUGCAGUUCUUAUUUCUGCCACAUGUGUCUCAAAGUGAUUGCCUAAUCUUGCUUCAGUUAUUUUUUUAAAAUAUAUUUCUUGCAAUUUUAGCACUUGACUGCCAAUGAUACAUUGUGUUGUGCAAUAACACGUUAUUACACGUUAGGGUGAUGCCUUUAUUUGUUAUCUGCCUUAAAAAAGGAUUAUAGUAGUAUGACGUCUAUGGCUGCUUUAAAGGUUAAGAUAGCCUGCCUUAUGUUGAAAGCUGUCCUUGUCUUGCUAUUCACAUUUUCGAGAUUGUCAGAUGAAACUUUUGUACCCUUUUGUAUUGCAGGUAAAGUGGGCAAUUCUAAAAAAAACAAUGACACAGAGAAUUUUAAACCAACAACUACGACUGUCAUGUUGCUUAGCGCUGGCCCCUUACCGCAUUUAAAAAGCAUUUAGGAAACAGGUUUACCAACGUGUAACCAAAUUUAUUUCUUUGUCUACCUGAUUUAACAAGUGGGGGCUGUGCAUUUACUAUCUAGAAAUGAAGGAGGAUUAUGGAUUGAUCUCUAAUCUGUGAACUGCGGACAGUCUUUCGGGACUCUAAAUGAAACCAGCGAGCUCUCGCCUAUCCAGUUAUGGUGUUGCUGAAGCAAUCUGAUUCAAGAGGCUGUGCUUUAAUUUGUGAUGUUUCGCACUGUGGCACCUACAAAGGAGUUCAGCACAACAGAUGAGGCCAGUCAGGUUUAUCUGUCGCUCCCCACUGGCUCCAUGUGAUUAAAAAGCAAAUAGGCUGCACUUUGCUUUCAAACAUGCAGAUGUGUCGCAUUUUUUUUUCUUCGUCUCUGGCUUGGUUAAUACCAGUUUUUUUUUCUGUUCCUAUGGCUCAUUGCAUCACUGAACGAAAGAACACGCCUGUAUUAUUCAGCCACUUUUGUUAGCUUCGUUUUCUCACAUUGAAGAGAUUUGCUUUGUUGUCUCUCAGUCACAAUUGCAUUUGAUCAGUUCAAUUUCGCCAGCCCCAAACAAAAAAGCCUUAUAUGGUAUUGCUUUGACGGUAAAUCACAAUCCAACAGACUUCAUCACAGACAGUGGUUUAAAAACUGCCAUGCACAUCCGGCUCUGUAGGUAGUGUCUGUGGGUGCGUGGGCAUGGAAUGUGACUUGAUUCUUGUGAAAAUCCAGAAACAAGUGCUUUCAUCUAGCCCGAACGAAACUUGAUCUUAGUUCUGCAUUUCACAAGUUGCUUUUCCACUGCUCUGCCACAAUACCUGCAUGUUGAGAUGUAUUGGUGUGUAAAAGCCAGAGUUUUAAGCCACAUGCACCAGCAGUUGUAUGUUGCUCUAUCCAGUCCCUGAUGUUGACCUUCCAUUGGUUGGGAUCUGGCAAAUAGCCCCAGCGCAGCAACAUGUUCGGAAUCUGUGUCUUGGCUAGUAGGCAGAAAGUCUAUGUAAUCAAGUCCUACGUCUUGGGGAAGCUUAAUUUAGAGAUGUGAGUCAAUAAGGUAACCCUAGGGCACUGCACAGGUGUGAUAUCAUUUCACAGACCCUCUCCCACUGUUACACAGUCAAGACGAAUCAACGCUGUUCACUGGUUUCAUUGCAGCACUUGUGGAAGACUGUACUUCGUACUUUAAAAAGAAAAGUAACUUUUCUUUUACGUGGAGAACAAUGUUUUCACAAUCAGCGAUGCACUUUCUUAAAGCAGUUAAAGAGGAUAAAAAAUAUAAAAGUCUUAAAGGACAAAUGUCUUAAUUGUGGGGGUUUAAAAGCUCAUUAAAAGCACUUUUAUUUAUCCAAUAUUUUGUGUGCAAACAGUAGUUUUAAUUUUUUUUUUGCUUUAUGUAUUUUUCUCAGAGGAUCUCGUUGUAGGCAAUUUCAGUAAUCGCUUUGUGUAUUUUGGGGAUGCUAUUUUGAGUCGAGGGAAAAUCUGCAGUGGGGGGACUGCUAGGAGUAUAAUAUGAUUAUUGAUUAUUGAUUGAUGAUUGAAUCUGUUUGCUCGCUGCUCCUUUCUUGGCAGUAUUUGUCCAGAAGAAAAACAUGACAGGCAGGUUGUAGUUCCAAGAGAGAAAACCAGCUCUCACAGGAAUUGAGAAGUUAUUUCAAAGACUGCUUGGCACUGGGGUUAUCAAUAUUAUUGAUUGAUCAGUUUACAACUAAUAAAAAGAAUUCUAAAAUGUCAUCUUUGAAUGAUCCAUAAUACUGACCAAAUGGAGUCCUGUGAUGUAUUUACCUAUUUUCUGUUUUUCAGUAUAGCCAUCGUUUCUCUCAGGUGACAAUGAAAGCAUCUGUUACUCAAAAGCAGGUUUAACACAGACAAGUAGAGCGCAUUUGAGCCUCAGACGCAUUAAAUCAUCAGAACUAGAUGACCUCUUGUUUUAGGCUUCAGAAAGAAAUCGCUGACGAGAAAUGGAGUGGUGCGCAUUUUUUUUAAAGAAAAUUUUCAUUAAAAUGGCUGAACAUUUUCAGCUCUGAGCUCUUCCUCUCUCCCCUAGCCUGGUCCCACUCAUUUGCCAGAAAUGGAUGCACAGAAGCUCAAAGCCAAAAAGAUGAAGCUAUAUACACAGCCUGUGUUUCGAAUAUUUAAUUUGAUUUAAUAUGCUGUUUUACAUGCUUCACCUAAUGACUAUUUGCAGUUUGUCAAGUUACAGAAGUAGUUUAUUAUUAAGUUUAUACUAAACCAUACAGUAUUAUCAGUAUAGUUUAUAAUAUAAAUAUUCUGUGUUGCCUGAGUAUUAAUAACAAGGCCGCUGUUGCCAUUUUGCAAUUAUUGGUAACCUGUAAAUUAUAUAUAUACCAUUUGUUUACAUUUCUAAUUGUAUGGAAACUCAUUUUCAGUACCAGACGUUGUAUGUGUACUGUCAGUGUUGCCUGUACAUACUUUUUGCUCAGUGCUAGAAGUGAUUUUUAAGACUUUAUUCCUUUGUAUUAUCUAUGUGAAAAGCCCUUUACUUUGUAAAACUAUUAUAGCAUAGAAUAUUGUAAAUGAUGAAAUAAAGGGAUACAAGAUG